GCUCCUCUUCGCCCUGCCCUUUCCUGGAGAAGCGGAACAUGUAAAUCGGGGUGAGAGGACACGGAGCAGGGGGCAGAGGAGCCAUGAAUGUGUGUAACAGUACUGAUCUUCCAGAGGUGGAGAUCAUCAGUCUGCUGGAGGAGCAGCUGCCCCACUACAAGCUGAGAGCAGACACCAUCUACGGGUAUGACCACGACGACUGGCUCCACACCCCUCUCCUCUCCCCCGACACCAACCUGGACCUCACCGUCGAGCAGAUUGAGGAGACUCUGAAGUAUUUCCUUCUAUGUGCUGAAAGAGUGGGCCAGAUGACUAAGACGUACAGUGACAUAGAUGCUGUUACUCGUCUGCUUGAAGAGAAAGAACGGGACUUGGAGCUCGCCGCCCGCAUCGGCCAGUCUCUGCUGAAGAAGAACAAAACCCUCAGUGAGAGAAAUGAAUUCCUGGAGGAGCAAGUGGAGCACAUUCGAGAGGAGGUUUCUCAGCUGCGCCAUGAUCUGUCUAUGAAAGAUGAGCUUCUCCAGUUCUACACUAGUGCAGCAGAGGAGAGUGAAGGAGAUUCGUCCACCUGUACCCCCAUCCGCCACAAUGACUCCACACUGUCGGUGCCAAGAUACUUCCCCCUGGACUCACUGCAGAAGAAACUCAGAGACCUGGAGGCAGAGAACAUCUCUCUCAGAUCAGAGGCCAGUCACCUGGAGACGGAGACAGAGGAGUACGAGGAGAAGGAGCAGCAGCUGGUCAACGAUGUCGUCAAAGAGCUGAGAGAUGCCAACCACCAGAUGUCCACCCUGGCGGAGGAGCUGGCGAGGAAGACGGACGACGGGUCUCGCCAGCAGGAGGAGAUCACACACCUCCUGUCCCAGAUCGUAGACCUGCAGAAGAAGUCCAAGUCUUAUGCAGUGGAAAACCAAGAGCUCACCCAGCAUCUAGGGGCUGCCAAAGAUGCCCAGCGCCAGCUCACUGCUGAGCUAAGGGAGUUGGAGGAUAAGUAUGCAGAGUGUAUGGAGAUGCUCCAUGAGGCCCAGAGUAAUAAAUCACUACCUCUCAGUACACCCCGACGCUUCCACUCCCUGGGCCUGUUCCCUAUGGACUCUCUAGCUGCUGAGAUUGAGGGCACCAUGAGGAAGGGGCUGGCUAUGGAUGACCCGGAAGUGGAAGAGCAGAAGUUGCACCCCAAGCGUGUGUUUGAGACUGUGAAAAACGUUAACCUGAUGCGUCAGCGCUCCUCUCUGGCCCCGUCUCCCAUGAACAUCCCCGGCUCCAACCGGUCGUCCUGUCUGAACUCUGGCCGCUCCAGCUGCCUGUCCACGCCCCGCUCCAGCCUGUACGGAGGAGAUAUGGGCAGCAUCCUCAUAGACAACCACACCAACAGCUUCAUACUGGAGACGCCUGACCACAGUACGGACGACUCCAACAAGAAACCAGGGACCCCUGGAACGCCGGGCUCUCAGGAUCUGGAAACAGCCCUGCGACGUCUCUCCCUGCGGCGGGACAACUACCUGAGCGAGCGGCGGUUCUUCGAGGAGGAGAGGGAUCGGAAGCUCCAGGGGCUGGUGGAGAAGGGAGAGGUGGACAACGGCAGCAUGACCCCCACAGAGAGCAUCAUGUCCCUGGGAGGAACCCACCCCUCUUCCAUCUGGUCUGGGUACUCCUUCAGCUCCCGCUCCUACCUGCCGGACAAGCUACAGAUCGUCAAGCCACUGGAAGGCUCGGCCACCCUGCACCAGUGGCAGCAGCUGGCCCAGCCCAACCUGGGUGGGAUCCUGGACACGCGGCCUGGUGUGGUCACGAAGGGCUUCCGUCCUCUGGAACUAGACCUGGAGCACAUGUACCUGUUCACUGACUUUGAGGAGGAGGAUACAGCCCACUUCCCUGGUAAAUGCAUGUCCAACACCAGCUCCACCUAUACCUUCACCACCUGUCGGAUCAUGCACCCCUCAGACGAGCUGACUAGAGUCACCCCCAGCCUUAUGUCGGGCCCUACUGCCUCCUGCGUUAUGACCAGCAGCAGCAGCGUCAGAUCUACCCCCUGCUCAACCCCUUGCACCCCGCGCCGCCUCAGCCUGGCAGCCGAGUCCUUCACCAACCUGAGAGACUCCACCAAGACCAUGAGCACUAGUGGAGGUCUGGUGCGGCUCCUCCAGGAGCGAGGCAUCUCUGCAGCAGUCUACAACCCUCAGAGCUGGGACCGGGCAGACUGUUGCACCUCCACCCCCACUGGGGGUACCAUCGCUUCUACCGCCGCGGCCCCCGACACCCUACCCUCCACGCCGCCCAACUCCCCAACCCACCGCUCUCUCUGUGCCAAACCCAGCAGCCCCGUGGGCUUCGAACUCAGUCCCAGCGCCCCGCCCUAUGACAACUUCCUGGCGUCAAAGCCGGCCAGCUCCAUCCUGAAGGAGGUGAGGGCAGAGGCCCAGAGCAGUGAGUCAGCAGACAGCGAGUGUCAGACUGACGUCAGCGUCCACAAUCUGAAACUGGUGGACAAGCUGAAGCGCUUCAGCGUGGCUGGGGCCGGCCCCUCUUUAUCAGGGGCCACGGGGCCCACUAUGCUGGGGCCCCUCAGCGGCCUCCACCGCCCUUCCCACUUCUGCCCUUCUGUGGUGACCAGUCCCAUAGGGGGCCUCGGCCCCGCUCUGAACGCAGGCAUCCGCCGUAACCGCAGCUACCCGGCCAUGGUAGGGGCCGGCAUGGCUAUGAAGGGCCCGGGGCCCCAAAGCCCCACAGACAUGCUCCUGGCUUCUUCCUCCAAGCUCCCCAGACAGACUAGUCUCAAUGAUGGAUCGGUAGGCUGAAGCAGAUGUACUGUAGCACCUGUUAUCUGUUUAGGAAACGGAGCGCUUCCAAGCCCAGGUAAACUCAUAUUAAACAUCUAUUCAUUUUAUUCCCACGUCUAAACGUGUACAUGUAGAGAUAAAGCACUGUUUCUUCCUGUUAAGUAGCUAAUGAGUGGCAAGCAGUACCAACAAACGCACCUUAAGUGGUAUUUAAGGGUGUUCAGUGACAUCAUAACAAUAUGCACAUAACUAAGACCUUUAUUGAGGAAAUGAAAUGUUGGAGGUACAGUAUUCAUACUACUAGCUAGCACAAUACUGGGCAACAACACAUGUUAUUCACCUCAAAGUUGAUCCAAAUAAAGAGUGGGAAGGAGCCACACUUGAAGCUAAGAGGGAUGCAUGGAUGUUUGCCGUGAAUGAAUAGGCUAUGGUUUGAACUUGGAUACAUUGUAACAGACCAACAUGAUUUAUAGACAUUUGUGUGCAGUGUGAGUAUGUGAGCAUGUGUGUGUGUAUAAAGUUGUUGAAAGAUUUACCUAUAGGCUUAGAUAGUCUAAGAAAGGCUUGAGUCAUUUGGUUAAGGUGAUAAUCAGAUAUACAGGUCAUUUCAACCAGAGCCCACUAACUGCUGUCUCCCAAUACAAAAGGUGUGUAGAAGAGUUCUCUGGGAGGGACGCGGUUGACUUUUAUGAGAGAAACAUUAUACAAGUUAGAUUUUUCUUCUGACUUUCAUCUUUCUGGUAACAAGCUUUGGUGACUGAACUGUUAGCUUUAAACUAAAGCCACUGUACUGUAAAUGAAGUUGUGGAACGGAGAGAUGGGGAGAAUACGUCCUAGUGCCUCAUACUUUACAUAGUUCCGUUGUUGGACUGACUGAUCUGUCUGGUUCCUCCCUGGUAUGAGCAGACAACUGCUUUGUGUUCUGAGGUUAUCCUCCUCGUACGAGUUUUAACUUGAACUGCAGAGAAGAUGAGCUCUCAAAUGUCAAAUUACAUCUUGGAUAGAUGCAGUAUAUGUGUUGAAAUAAAGAAGAAACGCAUAUUAUUUAUCAUUAACUUCUGACAAAAGUAGAGAUUCGACCUUGCUGACAUUGUGUGUAACUUGAAUAGCCUUUGAAUGUAUUGAUUAACAGCAGAAAAUAUUAUGUCCAUAUGUGUUUGUUGAUUUAAAUGAUGGUUUUACUGCAUUUCAACCACAAAGGGAAUUAUUAUUAUACUACUUGUACAUUGUAAAUGGUAUGUAUGCAAUGAAUUUAGCCAUGUUAACUAUUUUUUAAUAAACUAGAAUAUAUAUAUAUAUAAGGAACAAAAAUGUUGUUCAGGCCAUGAAGUGGUCAGAACACUGGUUUAAAAACAAGGGUUUUGUGUUCCGGAAUUUCAAGAGCACCAAUUUGCAAAAAAAGGCUAUUAUCAAUAAAACAAUUGAUAUGA